AUGACGAGGUUUCCAUUACCGUUGCCUGUUGCUGCUUCCAUAUCGCAUGACCAUGCUUAUACGAAGUAUCCUUCUGAUUUCGUUUCUUCCCAAAUCCAACCUCAGGUCAUCACGGCACCAACGAAAAACCCAAUUCCAGAACCAUUCAACCAGCCCGCUUCGACAGCUCCAAUCACCAGCCAUCCCGAAGACCAGGUCGGCCUCUCGGGAGUCCUCCGGGAGCAGAUGCCAUCACCAGCCAUGGCGGUUCGUGGACCUAUUCGUGGCCAAUAA